UAUACAUAGAUUAAUUGGUAAACAAUAGAUGGAAAGAAGACGAGAAAAGGAAAGAAAAAGAAUUUAUCGUACGAGCACUUUAUGCGCGGCGCAUUCAGCAGUAGUAGUGCACCUGUGCUGAUCUGUCAGUCUCUGAGAAACGCCACGACUCGACUUCCGGCGAUGUUCGGCGCCGGCGGAGACCCCUGGAGAAUGCCUCCUGACCCGGCAGCACAGCUGUCAUAUAGUACCAGAAAAUUGGUUGUUUCUGACCCAUCUUCUUUUAAGCAUGCUGACACGAAUUCCCUUGAUAUGGUAACAAGUCCAGACAUGCAAAACGCAGGGAAGAGUCAGCAGGCUGAAGUUGAGUUAAUUGCUGCCCAUUCUAAGAAACUUCAGGAUGAUUUACAGGAACAGGGUCUGAAAAUUAAGCAUCACGAGGACAAUCUUAAAUACUUGAAGACAUUGAAGAGCAAUUUAGAUGAAACAAUUCUAGAUAUGCAAGUCGCUCUUGGGAAGUAUGAUAAAGCAAGUUUCGUUCGGACAAAGAAGGAAGACCCUGCACAUGUGAAGAGUGAAGAAGAAACAAUUGAGAAUAUUCUUAAGCACGAAAACUCUGGGGCUGCUAUUGUGUAUAGGAUGAAAAUCCAAGCAAAAGCUCUGCCUUCUGAUCAUUCACUCACAAAGGAUGUAAUUGGUAUUGUGGCCACACUUGGAAAAGUUGAUGAUAACAACCUUAGCAGGCUUCUUUCUGAGUAUCUGGGCCUGGAAACCAUGCUAGCAGUGGUUUGCAAGACGUAUGAAGGUGUCAAAGCCCUGGAAGUAUACAACAGGGAAGGUUUAAUUGACAAAAAUCUCGGCCUUCAUGGAUUUGCAGCUUCUAUUGGGAAACCCCUGGCUGGUCGGUUUCUUGUAAUCUGUCUUGAAGAUAUAAGACCAUUUGCUGGUGAAUUCAUAGCUGACGAUCCUCAGCGGAGGCUUGCUCUUCUAAAACCAAGAUUACCUAAUGGAGAAACUCCUUCAGGCUUUCUGGGUUUUGCUGUGAAUAUGAUCACCAUUGAACCUCAUAACUUGUAUUGUACCUCGAAGAAUGGGGGUAGCCUUAGAGAAACACUCUUCUAUCAUCUUUUCUCAAAUCUGCAAGUAUAUAGAUCAAGGGAAGACAUGGUAAAAGCUCUCACUUGUAUAAGAAAUGGAGCCAUAUCUCUCGAUGGAGGAAUGAUAAGAAAUUCUGGAGUAUUCUCCUUGGGCAGACAUGAGAAAGAUAUAGAUCUGAAGUUCCCAACUGGCUCUGAGAUGUUCAACCUUCCUGAGGGUUACCUUGAGAUUGAAAAUAGUGUAAAGGAGACAAAAUGGAAGAGGGACCGAACAUGCGAAGAUAUGAAGAGAGAGCAGGAUCUGUUUACCCAUGCUAGGUUCAACUAUGAGAAAAAGAAGCAGGAGCUAAUCCAGUUUCUUGCUAAAAGUUCAUCCAAUCUGUCUCAGUAUCCGAUGGGAAGUGGUGGAUCGACCCCGAGAUGAUUCCGCACAGGCAAUUGUUGUGGUUGUUAAAGAGCUUUCACAAAACUUGCUAACUCAUGUCAUCUUCAUUUGUAACCCUUUGAUGUAAAACGAAAACUAUAAACGCCACAUUUCACUAGCAUGUGUUUCCAGUGCUAUGCUUACUAACA